ACCUGUGAUUCAUCAGAGAAGGAAAAGCCUGAUUUUCUGCUCUGAAGACACAUAACUUGGUGUCAUACCUAAUGUGGUUUUGAACACCGUUGGUGUUAGUCCAAUUCCAGAGUGUUAACAUCUUCCUGUGUUAUAUCCAUUAGCAGUUUCCUUGUUUCCCCUCUUCUUUGUGGCCAAGUCUACAGAGCUGCCAUUCUUCUGGCAGCAGUUGCUCAAAGCAACACAUCAGUAGUUGUCCAGCAGCCUACUAGCUAGCAGAGCAGCUGAUGUAGAGUACACCAUGGAGAAAAGGUCAAAUUCCACACCUGCAUUUUCUAAAGAAAGCUCUGUUGCUGCCCUCUAUUUAAAAAGGCUUGGUUUAUUUUCAGCCCCAAGUGGCCAUGGAGAGUUCAGGCACAGAGUUGGAGGAGAAUGCAGGAACAAGGUGUUUACAAAAUUGUUUCCUCCAGCCUUGCAUUUGACACUUGCAUUCUUGGCUCCUCUUUUCCCACUCUGGUGCUUGGUGGAGCUGGUGAGAUCUGCUUUCUCCAGCAGGUGCUGUGGAACCUUCUCCCCCUCAGCUCAGCCCUGGUCUUACCUCCACAGAGCAGGACACCCCCUGGGGGAUGUGGAGACUGCUCAGCCAGAGCCUGCAGCAUCCUCUGCCCUUACAGUCCUCACUGCCAGCUCAGUCUGGAGCCUUUAUCUUGACCUUCAUUGGCCUUCAGUGCUGCCUGCUGCUGCCAGGUUGAACCCUGCAGGAGUUCUUGCCAACACCUUCCUCCUCAGCAGCAGCUCCCUUCACUGGCUGGCACUGCAACCACUACAGGCUGGUGAAGCACAACUUCCAUGGUCUGCAUUUCUUCUCCCAGAUCAGGACCAGAUGAGGGGCAGCUGCUGACCUUGGUACCUGCCCUCAUGAACUGCUUUUGCUCUGGAUUGACAUCUGUGGAGGGCGGCCCAGGCGCGGCGGGGGGAGAGCGCUGGGACAGCGGGAGGAGGAGCAGGAGCCUUCCCUGCCAGCACCGCGCUGCGGGAGCAGGUGAAAUACGAGUUCUUGGAGAGUGACAUUAAAUCUGAGGCUGCCCAAAUGCCAGCGCCCUCCCCGCUCUGCCUGGUGAGUAACCUUAACUGGGAACUGGCUGUUACUUUAAAUAAGAGCCCUCAUUGCCUCAUGCUGUAAAGUGAGAAAUUCUUCUGAAGAGGAGGACGACAGUGAUCUUUGGAGCUUGCUGGUGUUGCUGACCGUUUUGGAGAGGGCACAGAACAGGCUGAAAUAGAGCACGAGUCCACAGGAGCCUUCGGACUCGAGUUCUGCAGAGGAACAGUGCUCCUGGAGAAGGUGGCAAAGCCUUGCUGCAGUCGUGCUGCUGGGAGGAAGAUGCACUAAAGUGUCAGACAUCAAAGAGGAAAAGCUUGGGCACUGUCUCGGUGGCUGCUGUUCUGUGUGGUGUUGGAGAGGAGGAGAACUGGAGUGACUUUGCUGUUCCUGCUAGCUCAGUGGUUGGUGUCCUCCCUUCCUGGACUUUGCUUGAUGGGGAUCUCUGCUGCAGGAGCAGUGUCUGCACUCAAAGGCCGGCGAGCAAGGGUAGGAGAAGUUGCCUCUAGAUGCUGGAAAGGCCAUUUGUAUAAGCUCCUGGCAGAAGAUCUCUUCUGGAACAGCUGCUGGCUCUAGGCCUGCCAAGCCAAGGGACAGGGUAGCCUCUCUGCAGCAUGUCUUCCAAGGCAGAGCAGAAUGAGACCCACCAGCCCAAUGGGGCUGUGGUGCCCAUUGUGCCUGUGGACUGUGUCACCAGUCCAGACCCGGGGCAGCUGGUGGAGCCCUCAGAUUUCCUGGGACCUGAUGGCGACAGGGUGGAAGAGGUAGUGUUGGAGUCCCGUGCCAAUGCUAAAGGGGUGCGAGAAGAAGAUGCCCUGCUGGAAAGUGGCAGCCAGAGCAAUGAAAGUGAUGACACCAGCACAGACCGAGGUCCUGAGCCAGCCUCACCCCUCAAGGAGACCUCCUUUUCCAUCGGGCUGCAAGUCCUCUUUCCAUUCCUCCUGGCAGGCUUUGGGACAGUUGCUGCUGGAAUGGUGCUGGACAUUGUGCAGCACUGGGAUGUCUUCAAAUAUGUGACCGAGGUGUUUAUCUUAGUACCUGCAUUGCUGGGCCUGAAGGGGAACCUGGAGAUGACUCUGGCCUCUCGCUUGUCAACAGCUGCUAAUAUUGGCCAAAUGGACACACCCAAGGAGCUCUGGAGGAUGGUAACAGGGAACAUGGCUCUGAUACAGGUCCAGGCUACUGUGGUUGGCUUCCUGGCCUCCAUCGCCGCGGUGAUAUUUGGGUGGAUCCCAGAUGGGCACUUCAGCCUUGACAAUGCUGUCCUGCUCUGUGCCAGCAGUGUGGCUACUGCUUUCAUUGCUUCUGUUGUUCUGGGCAUGAUUAUGAUUGGGGUCAUCAUUGGAUCCAGGAAGAUGGGGAUCAAUCCUGAUAAUGUGGCCACACCAAUUGCUGCCAGCCUGGGGGAUCUCAUCACCCUGGCUCUGCUUUCAGGAAUCAGCUGGGGCUUGUACAGAGAGCUGGAGAGCAAAGCCUACGUGAAUCCUCUGGUCUGUGCCUUCUUCAUAGCUCUGCUGCCCAUCUGGUUCAUCAUUGCCAAGAAGAAUGCAGCCACCAGGGAGGUGCUGUACUCAGGCUGGGAGCCAGUCAUCAUUGCCAUGGCUAUUAGCAGCGUUGGGGGGUUAAUUCUGGACAGAACGGUCACGGAUCCAAACUUUGCUGGGAUGGCUGUUUUCACACCAGUGAUUAAUGGUGUGGGUGGCAACCUGGUGGCCGUGCAGGCCAGUCGCAUCUCCACCUACCUGCACAUGAGUGGGAUGCCUGGAGACAGCCCUGAAACAGCCCCUCGAAAGUGCCCCAGCCCUUGGAGCACCUUCUUCAGCUCAGAUGUGAACUCCCGCUCUGCUCGUGUGCUCUUCCUGCUGGUGGUGCCUGGACACCUGGUUUUCCUUUACACCAUCAGCUCCAUGCGGGGUGGACACACAACCCUCACCCUCAUCUUCAUCGUCUUCUACAUGACAGCUGCACUUCUCCAGGUUCUCAUUCUUCUGUACAUUGCUGACUGGAUGGUGCACUGGAUGUGGGGCAGGCACCUCGAUCCUGACAACUUCUCCAUCCCAUACUUGACAGCGCUGGGGGACCUGAUUGGAACAGGUCUCCUUGCUCUCAGCUUUCACGUCCUCUGGCUCAUCGGUGACCGGGACUCCGAUGUGGGAGACUAACUCCCCCUGCUGCCCCCUCAGCACGGCUCUUCUCUCAUUUUGUUGUCGUUGUUGUUUCUUUUCCUCCACCCUUGUUCCCCCUUUGCUUCCUCCCCCCACCCCGUCUCUCUUGGGACUUCAUCUUUGAUACUGGAUUCUCAUUAUUUUCAAUGGGAAUUUUAUGUGGUUUAUAUUUCAAGCCAAGUUUGUACAGAAAACAGAUAUAGUUUUAGGAAGGACACAAAGUGUAACGAGACAAUCACCAAGUGCAAUUUCAUAGUAGUUAUGUCUGAACCAAGGUUACAGUGAAGAUGCUGGUCAGUCAGGUCACACAGGGAGCCCACCCUGUCCCAGUCACUAGAGGUGAAGAGCUGCUUUUUUUUGCUUCAUAAGCGUUUUAAAUACUGGAAGUGAGGUCCAGGUUUGUGUUACUGAACCUUCUGGCAAAGUACAACCUCAUGGAUGAGGGUGUGGGGCAUCUCCUCUCUUCUCUGCCCUUGUGUUCACCCACUGCAUCCCCUCCUGUGCCAGCAUCCAAAGCACAUGAGGCUUUGGUAGAGGGAUGAGCCAAGGAGAUGAGGAAAGGGCCUCUGUGCAGGAACAGCCAUUCCUGGGUGUCCACAAGGAGUGAUCUGAGUGUGAGGGCUACACAGUCCUGGCUGUGAGCAGGCUGGUCUCUGCUGGCAGAUUGAGGCUGCCUUUUGCCAACCAACCAUCCAGCAGCAUCUCCAACUGGAGGUGCCUUGUUCUGCCUCUCAUGAGCUGAGUGUAGCUGCUGUGGGCUCUGCUCCUCUGUCCUGCUCUGCUGGAGCCACCCAGUACUCCCAGUUGAGCCUGAGGCAUUUCAAACCUGGGAGCAUUGGGCUCUUGGUGUCUCAUAGAAAAGGACAUCCAUGCUCAGCUGCUGGAUUUCUCUGUGCAAUUUAAUCAGCUUGGAAACUUCACCCAGUUACACCAAAUAUCAGUGAUGUGCUCGAGCAGACAGUGCUACCAACCAGGCCCUGCUGCAUGAAAAUCAGGUGAAUUCACAAGUGUGCUGUGGGGGAAAGCUCUGAACAUCUGUCAAGGGUGGGGAAAAUACAGUAUGUCCCAGGGAGCCUCAUUUCAGUGCUGCACUGCCCAGAGCUUGGGGAGCUGCCACCAUCUUCCCAGAAGCUGGAGGAAUCCUGCAGUGUUCAGCUGAACUUUGCAUCCUGAUCCUCAAGUGGCAGCAGAGCUCUCACUGCAGUGAGCUGUGCAGCCCGGGGUGCUGCUCCUGCUCUGGGCACUGCCUGCCCUGCUCACAGCACCAGCCUGAAAGCUGCUGGUUUGGGGUUGUCUGCUUUUCCUCUUGCUUUACCUCUGCUCCUCACAGCAGAACACAACCAUCCUUGAUCAGCCUAAUUUGCUCCUUUAGGUUAUCUGCUGCAUUCCUCAGGCAAACCAAGGUAGGUUUUGGAGAGGUUUCCUCUUUCUGCCUUGCUGGUGCACAUCAGACCUGCCUUCCCCUGCCCCAUCUCUGCCACCUGCCCUCUGGGGCAGUGGCUCUGAACCUCCUGCUCUCCACCCUCGUGACGUGACUUCUCUCCUGUCUCCUCUGGCCAAAGCUCUGUUCAAAAAACCAACAAACCAACCCUCAGACCCUGCUGUGCUCUGCUCUCAGCACAGGGACUUCUGGAGUGUUCUUUUCUCUGCCUAAUGUUGAGGAAUAGAUAGGAGACUUCCUUCCAUUAACACUUAAAGCUUUUAUAUAUAUAUAUACAUGUAUGAGAAACUCUCCUGGUCUUUUAGGUGUCACAUCACUAUUUAAUCCCCCAUGAAAAGAUUCCCCAGAGGAAGAAUCUACCACUUGUGUGGUCUCCUGGAACAUGAAGAGACCCAGAGGUGGUUGGGAGCUGUCACUGCUGGGGUGGUGGGGUCUGGAUGUUCCUGAGGUCUGAGGUUUGUGUGGGGAAUAGGUCAGGGAAGAUUCUUAAGUGAAAACUGAAGAAUAUUGAUAGUCAAGAACUUUUCCCACCAGUUGCACUCAAAUGCAUGCCUACUCUACAGCUGACUGCAAAUGAAAAAUCCUGGUUUACUCUUUUUAUUAAAGAAUGAAGACUAUCUUAAUUAUUUAUAGCUCCUAUCAUUGAAUUGACAGAUGUAAGCUUAACUGAUAAAUUAUAUUUGGUUAAAUAAAGAUGACAUUUAUUUAUGUGG